UGACUACAGAAGCCAGCUCGUAUUUUCACCGCCGGUUCAUCAAACUAUUCUAUCUUGCGAAAAAAAAAUCAUGCAUCCUGACGAGAAUCCCAUUUCAAUCAGCGUCCAGGCGGACGAAUUCAAUCAAUCGAUUGUGGACCAAUCGGGUGUUCUGGAGAAGGACCAUCCCCUGCUAGAGAGAUUCCAGCAGGCACUGAAGGCUCAUCUGCUUCGCGUCCAAAACCAGUUGGAGGAGGAAAUCGCUGAGUUGGACCAUCGUCUGGAGGAAAAUGAGAAGGAGUCCGAAGAGGUUGGUUCCCGACUGUACGAUCUGCAGGAGGAAAUCGACAGCCAGAAGGAGCUGCUCGAUAUUUAUGGCAAGGAGAUCAUGGAAGUUUCGGAACGAAGACAAGCGGAAGAGCAGAAGGUUGCUGCGUACAAGCAGGAGUAUGACGAGCAAAAUUGCAAAUUGAAGGAUUUCAAGAAAAUCUACAACGAACACAUUCAAGAACUUGAUAACUUGACCGUGUUGGAGAGCGAAUUUUCCAAAUGGGACAAGGAAAUCAAGGACGAAAUUGCAAUCGCCAAGCGAGUUGCCAGCAAAGACGCGAAAGAUCAGCUCGUGGCGGCAGAGGAAAAACGCCAGGUGGAUCUGCUGGUGUUCAACUUGGAUGCGGAAGUUCGCAGAAAGGAACGGGAGCUGGAGGGGAUUGAAGAGCAAAUCAAGGAGCAGGAAGGCGUUACCGAAACGAUUAAUAAAAGUCUAGCGGAUGCAAAUUCCGACCUGGAGGCGUUGCAACACGAACACAAGCGACUGUUCCAGGCCUGGGGAGAGGUAAUCGUGGCCAUUCAGCAGAGAGACAAAGUGCUGUCGAAAACUAAAGAUGAUUUGGAAAGCGUUUACGAGGAACACAAAGUGAUCAAAAGCAAGACUGAUAUCACGAAGAAGGCCGCCGCUAAAGAGAUGGAACAGAACGAGAAGCUUUCUGGGUUUAAAUCAAGGAUCCAGGGGGAUAUUAAUGCUUUGGAGAAACAAGUGAUCAAGGAGCAAGAGGAAGACGAUAAAUUGACACGUGAACUGGAUCAUUACGCACUGAUACUGGAGCAGACCGAGGCGGACAUGUUGAAAGCCCAACAGGAAGGGCUGCUGAUCGAAAAUCAUCUGAAAUCACUUCGCCAAACUUUGAAUAAGCAAAAUCAGAAAAAAUUCGAGCUCGAGGAGCAAAUUUUGGAGCUCCUGCAGGAUCAGAUAACCACCGAUAAGGCAGGAGAAUCACAAGGGAGAACAUUACGGGAAACGCAGGAAAAAAGAAGAGAGUUGGAGAUUUCUAUGUCCGACACCGAGAAUCAGUUGUCUAUAGUUUUGUUGGAACUGGAAAAAUGGCGCGGAAUUGUGGAGAGGUCAAAGGCGGACGUACAAAAUGUUAAAAAAGAACAUGAUUCGAUGGACGAGGAAGCAAGGAAAUACGACGAGGAGAUCAAAGUGAUCAAGGAAAUAAUAUCGGCUAAACUGCGCAAAUUGGAUGCCCUCAAUCGCCAACUGGAACACCUUAUCAAUCAAGCUGGAGGCCACGAGUUGAAUCCCGAUGAGUUAAGGCUGCUUGACGUCCGGCAUGAUAUCAACGAGCUGGAUGUAAAAAUUAAGGAAUCACAGGAAUCCUGGUUGAAAUUGCAGAACAGUGUGGUUAAUUUAUCGGAGAAGCGCGUCCAGCAGCUGAAUGAGAUCAACUACUCGAGAAGAAAGCUUCUGUUGGUGGAACAAAAGGCGAUCAAAAUAGAAGCCCGUCUGGAGGAAGUUCUGAACGAGAACCGUGAGAUCGUGCGUUCGCUCUCGACUCUGAAUUGUCGUCUGGACGCUGUCAGCAUGGAACUCUUCAAAACCAAAAAAGUCCACGAGAAGGAAGAGAUGGAAUGCGAGAUAUCCCAUCAGCAUACAACGGAGCGUUUGAAGGAAGCGGAAAUGUCCGUGUUGAAUCUAGAGCAAGAUCUACAGGAUCUCGGUAAAGAAAUUGACGAUUGCAAACAUGAAGUGUUGGAGAAGCAUCGCGAAGCACUGUCCUGGGAGACAAAGUACAAGAUGUCCGCCGAGGCGAAGAAGUUCAAGGACGAGGAGUCUGCCCAGAACAGUGAGAUUGGAAUAAUGAAGGCAGAGAUUCACCGGAUGCAGGUACGCUUCGCUCAGUUGAAGCGAAUGCAGGAAAAAUUUGUGGCCGAUUUGGAGAACACCGUGCAUCAUAGGGAGCAUAUUUUCGACACGGUCAAUGCCAGAGAGAAGGUGUAUGGAAGCAAAUUUAAGACACGUUCAACUAUGCAGCACAAGAUCAAUGAGUUGAAGAAUAAAUUGAAGAUUGUAUUUGGGGAGAUUUCGACUGCGGAAAAGAACUUGAUAGAAAUCGAUACGGCACAAAAGUUGCUUCAGGCUGAGAUUGAAAACAAGAAGCAACUCAUAGAGGAAGAGAAGAUUCAAACGAAACUGAUAAAAUCAGAGGUGGAACAAGCAACAUUGCUCAAGCAAGAGAACUUGGAUUAUAUCGUUCGUCAUCAGUAUCGAGCUAGACGUUAUAGGGCCUUCGCAAAUGCUAAUCAACAUCCGAAAUUCCGUAAUGAGAUUUUGAUACAGGCAGAUCUGCAGAGACAGCGGGAAAUAAAUGAAAGCAUUGUUGGGAUUGUGGAGAACCUUAUAGUAGAUUUCCCAGGACAAAAAUUUAAUCUCGUGAAAAUUCUGCUGAAUUUAAAGUAAAAAGUUUAGGCUUUCGGAUUUUGUGUGGAUUUUUGUGGGACUUUGAAAACAAUUAAAUAAUUUUUCUAUUUUGAAUCAACAAAACAAA